UCUGCACGUGAUGCUGCUCGUGACACAUAAUACCCAGCAAGGAUGCUUACGUAACCCGCCUGGCAAAAAUAUACCACGUGACCUCGGAAAUCCCGACAGAGUCGACUCGUGAGCCUUGGCAUGGGAAUCUCGACUUUCAAUUACAGUCGGCAUCGUUGCAGCUUCGCCUCCACCUCAGCGCCUACCACCUGUGUUCUUGCUCGUUGCCCCAAUCAUAAGCGGGGGAUCUAUUGGCCAACGGGCCGUUCACAGCUAUGUCGCAAGUCAAUGGCGUGACCAAGCUGGCGUAUUCCCGGACAUGGCACCACAUCUCAGCCUCGACUCCCCAUUACGGCCUCACCACCAUUAAACCUCUUCCUCCCGUCGAUUCACCUCUCCUCGAGCCGCCGUCGCUUGGCCGCCUGGCGUCGCGGAUAGCUACCAUUCUCUGCGGCAAGCACAAGCCGAUUUGGGACCCGUCUACCGACUGUGGUGACUAUGUGGUGGUCACAAACUGCUCGCAGCUCCACGUUACUGGCAAGAAGAUGUACCAAAAGCAAUAUUACAGACACAACACGCGCCCUGGAAGUCUCAAGCAGAUCAAUAUGGAGGGACUGAUGGAGAAGUUUGGAGGAGCGGAGGUGCUGAGGAAAGCGGUUUCGGGGAUGCUGCCGAAGAACAGGCUGAGGGACGACAGACUGGCGAGACUAAAGGCGUUUGAGGGAGACUCUCACCCAUACAAGAGGAAUAUUGUUAAGUUUAAUGGGGUGAGCAACGUGGCGAAGUGGCCGCCUACAAGCAAAGUCGAGGCCUCCUCGUAGGAGACUAUGAGGAGCGGAACUGUGGACACUGUAUUUUGUAUAGAUAUAUUGUAAAUUAUGAAGGCACUGGGCGGCAGA